AUGCUCGACUGCACGCAAAAGGACAGCGAGAACGACAGCAUGGCAAACGCAAGCCGAGUCCACGACCGGGUGCCUCCACCGGGCUGUCGGCCCCUCGACGACCUGGUCAACGGGCUGCCUCCGGAGAUCGUGCACACAAUCGCCGAGCGUCUUCGGCCAAAGGACAUCGGCAGGUUGCGUCUCGUGUCGGCCAAGUUCGCCGUGCAGACCGGCUUCGCGCUGGCGGCGUACGUCGUGCCGCUCGUCACCAUCGACGAGGACGGCGCCGAGACGCUGUGGCAGCUCAGCACGACCUUCAGCAAGCGCCUGCCCCCGCUUUCGGCUUUCAUCUCCAAGAUUGGCUUCAUGGAUCGCACGUGCAACGACCGCGCCGACAUCUGGCGCGAGGUGCGCGUGGUCCGCGGUAAGUACGUCGUCCCUCAACCCAAGCACGACGACGGUCCAGGCUCGGACGGUAGCGAGCACGAGCAGAGCCGGAUCGAGACCGAGCAUGUCCACCGCAAGGCCCGCCAAGCGUACGAUCAAGCCGCCUGCAAAUGGAUCAACGGCCACCUCUUCCAGCACCAGGGGAGUAUCCAGAUGGUGUGCAGCGAGCUGAGGAUGGCGAGGGACACCAUGGCGCCGACCAAGGAGCUGAUUCACCGGCUGGCCCACCUGCUUCACAAGUUCCCCAAGUGGAGGGCCUUCUUCGUGGACGGCGUGGCUAGGGAAGACGUCGAGAUCCAUCUCGACGUCCGCGGCCGGCUGCUGGGCGUCGAGCUGGGCGCGCGCCAGCUGGCCGACCCGGGCGCGCGCCGCCCUCGCCUUGUCGAGAACCUCAGCCCGGCGGAGCUUCCGUGCGCGUGUCCGUACGUGCGAGAUCCCCGCGACAACGAGUUUGGCUGCGACGACGCCGAGCACGAGAACCACCCGCCCAACCCCUACCGCAAGCGCUACCUGCGGCCCGCCCUGCUCGACCUCAAGGCCGUGGUCGACGUCGCCAAGAUCACCAUAUGCGGCGUCUAA